AUGGCAGUCACCGAACAAGACACGCAGGUUUCAACCCUUCGCAACAUCCUCAGCUCGGAAUCUGAGCCACUCGCCCGCCGGUUCCGGGCUCUCUUCUCGCUGAAGCAUCUUGCAGGCCUGCAGCCACCCAAUGCGCAGACGGUGCCCGCCAUCGAGGCCAUUGCCGCCGCCUUUUCAUCGCCGUCAGCCUUGCUCAAGCACGAACUCGCCUACUGCCUCGGACAGUCUGGACACGAUGCUGCUAUUGCGCCUUUGAGAGGUGUAUUGGAGGACAAGGAGGAGGAUUCCAUGUGCAGACAUGAGGCAGCCGAAGCACUGGGUGCAUUGAGCGACAAGAGCAGUCUGGACUUGUUGCGAGCGUUGCGUGACGACGCAAACGAGGUGGAUGUGGUGCGUGAGACUUGUGACAUCGCAGUGGAGCGCAUAGAAUGGGACCACGGGCUGCAGAAAGGGCAAGAAAAGUUGAAGAAGAGCGACUUCACCUCGAUUGACCCAGCGCCGCCACUACCACAGGGUGCUGAGAAGCCAUCGAUAGCGGAACUCGAAAAAACACUGCUCGACACGGCGUUGCCAUUGUUUCAGCGCUACCGUGCCAUGUUUGCCCUGCGCGACCUUUCCUCGCCGCCAGAUCUUCCGACCGCUGUCCCAGCUGUGCAGGCACUUGCUCGUGGCUUUGGCGACCCAUCGGCUCUCUUCCGCCACGAGAUUGCCUUUGUUUUCGGACAACUCUCGCACCCCGCAUCCAUUCCCAGUCUGACAGAGGCACUGAGCAAUACAAACGAGGCAAGCAUGGUCCGACACGAGGCCGCCGAAGCACUGGGAAGCUUGGGCGAUGAGGACGGCGUGGAAGACACGUUGCGCAAAUUUCUGAAUGAUCCCGAGCAGGUUGUGCGGGACAGUGUGGUUGUAGCGCUCGACAUGGCUGAGUUCGAGAAGAAUGGGGAGGUAGAAUAUGCAAUUGUACCGCAGGCCGUUGCGGCGUGA